AUGGACAACGUAACGCUAAACAAAAAUAUUUCCAUUCUCCCACAUUCCGAAGGUGCACCGAACAAUACCACGACCAUCUACGACCCAGCUUGCUUCGCCGAGUCCCAGGAAGAGAGUAUUCUUAAGACGCUCCAUUGGGUGUCUAGCUCCUUUAUUGGAACCAUCUUUGUCAUCACCGGAAUUACCGGAAACAUCUUGUCUCUGGUUGUAUGGAAGCGGACAUCCCUACAGUUCUCUUCUACAAGACGCUACCUCAGCUUUCUGUCUUUAGUUGACUUAUUCGUCCUUCUUCUCUACUUUCUGCUGGAGAGUGUGACCCAGAUGGAACCAUUCCGUCAGUUCUCCCUGAAUUUUAGAACUUUCUAUUCCUAUGUGGGUUACCCUAUUUUCCGCGUCGUCGCCACAGGCAGUCUUUGGUUGACGGUGUGUGUCACUGUGGACAGAUACAUCCACGUCUGCCAUCCCUUAAAAGUUACGGCCUGGAGCACCAAAAGACGAGUUCAUCUUAUCACUGGUCUGUUAGCCUGCUUCUGCAUCCUCUCCAACAUUCCGUAUUUCCUGACAUACGCUCCCACAAGAAACGUCAAGCAUUCCCUCCAUGUCUCGGCUCUGGUCACGUGUGAGGCCGUUUAUGAGGGGGUGUGGUCGAUGACGUUGCUGGUGAUUGUCAUUCGGUCCUCGGUUAACAUCGUUUUCUACACCGUAUCUUUCGACCAAUUCCGCACAGAACUCAAAGACCUGUUCCUAUGGCGGAACGAAAACGAGGCAUGCGAGUAG